ACCUCCAUGACAGUACACUCGCAGACGCCGUACGAAACGCACCUGUUACUCUACGUCACAAGUUCCCGCGCAAAUACGCGAAAAAUGUAAUUGCAUUCCGAAAUUAGAACCACAGAUUAAAGACUGCAUGGGGUAAAAAAAAAUAAAAGACUGGGCAGUGUAUAUAUUAUCUGUAAAUAAAGUGUUUUUUUUUUUUUAAGUGUAAAUAUAUUUAAUUUUAAAAUUAUAAAAUCCUGUGAUAUUAGUAAUUAAGAGAGCUGGAGAAAAUACGACCGCAAGCAUGGUUGGAGCCCCCGAUGUUGUCAAGCCAUCAGAUAAGGUCGAAGCCUACUCACCGCACGUCAACGGAAACCCGAUUUUUACUAUCAGCGAUGAGAUUGGCAGUCCAGACAGUGGCUUUACAAUGUCAUCGAUAAAUUCAAAUGGGGACCUAAAGAGCCCCGGUAGUCCUCCAGAUAAGAAGAUCACUGAAGCGGAUGCGGAAAAACAACCUUUAUCAGGCAAAAAAGAAGAAAGAUGGUGGAACACGUUGAUGCAAGUAGCGGUGCCGUUCUUCAUAGCUGGCUGUGGUACGAUCGGUGCUGGUCUGGUUUUGGGGAGUGUGAGGAAUUGGGAGGUGUUCCAAGUAGUAAAGGCCAUAUUCGUCUUAGUGCCAUCUCUCUCUGGUUUAAAGGGAAAUCUCGACAUGUGCCUUGCGUCCCGGCUUUCGACUCAAGCGAACUUGGGGAACAUGGUGUCGCCGCGCGAAGUUAUAUCGAUGGUUGUUGGAAACAUAUCAUUAGUUCAGGUUCAAGCAAUAGUAGCCGCGACAGUAGUAUCAAUGUUCGCGGUGAUUGUGAACACGAUCGUUGAUAAGGCUUUCAACGGUGAUUAUGUUCUGUUGCUGAUAGCAUCAGCUAUUUUCACCGCUACAACUACCUGUUUUGUUUUGGAUUUCGUUAUGGUGAUGGUAAUAUUCGGAUCACAGAAAUUUAAAGUAAAUCCCGACAACGUUGCGACACCCCUCGCAGCUUCCAUCGGAGACAUUGUCAGCAAUUCUGUGCUUGCAGUCACUGCUCAAUAUAUGUUUGAACAAAUAAAAAUCUCUCUAUGGCAACCUAUUGCUCUACUUUGCGUCUACUACAGUCUUCUUCCGAUCUGGGUGUUUAUUGUUUGGAAGAACAAAUACACGAAGACCGUGCUCACGACUGGUUGGACGCCAGUUAUUUCAGCUCUCUUCAUCAGCGGUAUCGGAGGUAUUGUCCUUGACCAAGCGGUUGAACAAUAUCAGGGCUAUGAGGUCUUUCAACCCAUAGUUAAUGGUAUUGGAGGAAAUCUGGUCUGCGUGCAGUCUUCACGAUUAGCUACUAAUCUCCAUCAGACUGCAAUACCCGGGGUGCUUCCUGAGAACACAAGGAUUAUCGAAUGGCCAUGGAAGACUUUGUUCUAUGGAACUACCGCAGCGAAGGUUGCAAGAAUGUUGCUCAUCCUCGCGGUCUGCGGUCAGAUCAUAUUCAUGGUGGUCGCUGACUUCGUUUACCAAGGAUUUGUCUCCCUCCAGUUCGUAUUUGGAAUCACUUACGUUUUGUGCUCACUAAUACAGGUUAUGGUGCUUUUGUAUCUAUCGUACAUCUUGAUCCACUUCAUGUGGAAGAAGAAGAAGGAUCCUGACAACGCAGCUAUCCCUUACUUGACAGCUUUGGGCGAUCUCCUCGGCUCAGUUUUCCUCGGUCUAGCAUUCGUUAUACUGUCUAUAUUCGGUAUGGAAUACGGUAACAAUGUUCCGAACUAGAUGAUUAAAUGUGGCUGAAAACCAAAAAAAUAUAAAUAAAACUUUUACUCUGAAUCUUACUACCGAUCUAUUAAUGCUAUUGCUAUGCGUAGGUGAUAGUGACGCCUUAGCACAAACCUUCAUAAACAUUGUCACAUUCAUCGCAUAUGUUGGGGAAUCGGUCAUAAGUUCAGUCAUAUUAAUUGAUCAAAUCCAAAUUGAGCGUUUGCGCUAAUUCGUCCGUCAAAAGUUUGUGUGAUUUGUAUUAUUUUAUCGAAAUGUCGGAACAGUAUUAUGGACGUGAAAGGACAAAUACUUAAACUAUUAGUGCCAAUUAAUUCCGAGAAUGUUUAAUAUUGCGAGAUGUAAAUGUUUCUAAUCGUUUCGAUAAGUAUCAUAAGAAAUGAUAAUGCAAAAAAUGACCCGCUUUCGUAGUGGCUCAAACUGUGAUAAUAUGUUCCAAAAAAUGUGAUUAAAUGCAAUUAUAAUAUUUAAAGAAAUUAAUUCAUCUCGCGAUGGACAAUAAUUCGAUGACACUUGUUAAACGUCAAUGUGACAUUAGCGCUGCUAAAAGACAACAAAUGAUUUUGCUAGUUUUAAGUCAAUUGUCAGUUUUAUUAAAUUUGACACGAUAUGUCAAUGAUGUUUUUUUAAUCAAAUUCGGAAAGUGUAUGAUUGUAAGCAUUCAUUUCAUUCAGUAUGUAUAUUGCAUUUAUUAAAUUCAUAUUCGUAAAUUUAUGAUCUUCAAAUAUAAAACUAAAAAUUAUUUAUAUAGAAACUUUCGCCAAUCGUGUAAUUUUCAUGUACCUCUUAUAUCGAGAUUGUUUAAAAUUCUUAUAAAUAUAAAUUGAGUUACAGAGGCGUAACUAGACUAUUAUUCAAAUGCCCACUAUUUUUUUAUCCGUCUUUAUUCGGGCAAAGGAAACUCCAUAGUACAGACUAGUUAUAGUAUUUUUAAGUAAAUGUGAUUAAAAAGCAAAAAUGACAAAAAAAAAAUUAGAAAACAAGAAGGAUUGUAAUAGUAACUUGCUGGAGCGGAACUUUUUCUUAUUAAAUUUUAGAGUUUUGUUUGUACCCAUCGUGGACAAGUGAUAUUUUACGAAUUCCUUUUUUAAAUAUAAUUUGUUAAUUUUUGCGUACGUUUGAAAAAAAAUCAAUUAAACGUUAAGACCACGGUUCACAGUUCCUAGUUACGCCAAUGUUGCCACAUUGUUAGCUCUUUUUCAUUAUAUACAAUAUCAUUCCGAUAGAAAGAGAUAAAUAUCUCAAUAGACUUCGAUAGCUUAGUUAGCUGUUAUUUUAGAAGAAUGAGUACAAUAAAGCAAUGUAUAGUAUUAAGAUACCUAAAGAUAAUUUAUUAAUAGCUGUAAAUUAAUAGCCGGGUGAAUGGAAAUGGUUGUAGGUUUGUUGGACGUAUCAUGUAUGUAUAUUAUGUAUUCCAGAAUACUAAGCGGAUUAUUUUUUAUCUGUCUUCCUAACUGUUCGCUUGCUAUAAAGACUCCUUUUUUAUUUUGUCAAAAUCAGACGCGGAUUAAGCUUUCAAAUUAUUAUUUUUUAUUAAUGGACAUCUAUAUGUAAAUUUAUUUUUAUAUAAACGAAAUUAGUCCAAUACAGUUUUUAUAUCAACAUAAUAAUUUAAUUUAGAUCGAAGCGUUGUUAUAAUGUUUGUAAUGUCACAAGUCAAUAUUGACCUUACAUAAUAGUUUUAAGGCAUAUAUUUGAAUGAAUGAUGUGAUACAAUUGAGAUUUUAAUAUGUAUAUAUAUAUAUAUAUAGUUGAUUGUUAUGUAGUACGUAGGCCAAAUAAUCGCCGCUGACGUUUAUUUCAUAAGCCCAUGUUCUUGUCAGAUUAGGAUGAUUUCAAUGAAAUGUAACGUAACGGUAAUAUACAAUGAUAGGGUCGAUUUUAAGGCGACGUUUCUGUGUAACGUUUGAGACAAACGCAUCUGACGCAAGAAUGUUUUAUAUGUACAGUAUAUUAUUUUAAUUUCUGUUCGUUGUUAUAUGGCUGGUGCUUUGAACGACUUAAGGAUUAAGGGUUAAAUAUAAAUCUGGUAUCCAGUAAUUCAUCUUAGUUAGCAAGCGUAUUUCAUUUGUUAUAUUAAAAAAAGGUACGACGUACACAUUCCAAUCAUUUUUUGUAAAUUAUUUGUAAAAAAAAACCAAGUUGUUUUUGCAAUUUAUUAUGUUAAAUGAAUUGUGCGACCAUUUUAAUAUUAAUAUUUGUUUAUAAUUUGUAAAAAUUGGAUUGAAAUGUAUGGAAUGUGUUAUGUAUAUAUAGUCGAUUCCAAUUUAAGAAUGUCUAGAUACAAACAAACCUCAAAUUUACAUGUAAUCAAAUAUCAUGCGCUGCUAUAUUGUGCACCAUAAACGAUUCUUGAUUAAUAUAUCUUUAUUUAUAAUAAAACAUUAUUCCACAUAAAUCCUAUAACAAUUUCGCUAUAUUCAAAAGACCAGUUUUUAAGGAAUCCAUAAUUAAUAUCAUAGAUUACUCAAGAUGUCGACCAAUGAUAUCACGUCAAUUCAAUGUCGAUGUCGUUUAUUUGUCUUUGCUUCGUCUGUGAUUGGAAUAAGCUAUGUAUAUAAGAUUCACAUAUGAAUCCCUAAUCUGACAAUAAGAUAUGGUGCUAAAUUGAGACGUAUUUAAGACGUGGAGUGUUGUUAUGUAAAAAGACAGUAUUUUUAAUUGCAAAGAGUAAUGUUUAAUUAUUUCAUGAAAUGUAUUGGUAUUUUUUUAAUUAGGAUAUUUUUAUUUUAAUAAAAACACUAUGAAAUUA